UCUACAGCAUCCCCUCGAUCGAAAACGCGGGUUGCUCCUGUGUGCUUGCCUUAGUCAGCUGAUCAUGCAGGUGAAAGGUCAGCUCUUAGACAAAAUGGACGUCAAUCAGGCUAAACAGGAGCAUCUCCUUGCACUAAAGGUGAUGCGUCUGACCAAACCCACACUGUUCACUAACAUGCCUGUGACGUGUGAAGACCGAGACCUUCCAGGUGAUCUGUUUGGGCGGCUCAUGAGAGAGGACCCAUCUACUAUAAAGGGGGCGGAGCCUCUGAUGCUCGGGGAGAUGCUCACACUGCCGCAGAAUUUUGGAAAUAUUUUCCUCGGCGAGACGUUCUCCAGUUACAUCAGCGUGCACAACGACAGCACUCAAGUGGUGAAGGAUAUUCUAGUGAAGGCCGACCUUCAGACCAGCUCUCAGAGGUUAAACCUUUCUGCCUCGAACUCCGCCGUGGCCGAGCUCAAACCCGAGUGCUGCAUCGACGACGUCAUCCACCACGAGGUCAAAGAGAUCGGGACACACAUCCUGGUGUGUGCCGUCAGCUACACCACUCAGACCGGAGACAAGCUGUACUUUAGGAAGUUUUUCAAAUUUCAGGUUCUCAAGCCUCUGGAUGUGAAGACCAAGUUCUACAAUGCAGAGACUGACGAGGUUUUCCUGGAGGCUCAGAUCCAGAACAUCACCACCUCGCCCAUGUUCAUGGAAAAAGUGUCUCUGGAGCCUUCCAUGAUGUACAACGUCACCGAACUGAACACCGUGUGCUCAGGAGAGGAGCGCGAGUCGACGUUUGGGAAGAUGUCGUACCUGCAGCCCAUGGACACGCGGCAGUACCUGUACUGUCUGAAACCCAAGCCGGAGUUUGCAGAGAAGGCGGGGGUCAUUAAGGGGGUCACUGUGAUCGGCAAACUGGACAUCGUGUGGAAAACCAACCUGGGGGAGAAAGGACGAUUACAGACCAGCCAGCUGCAGAGAAUGGCUCCGGGUUACGGAGAUGUUCGGCUCUCGCUGGAGCUCGUUCCAGACACGGUGAACAUCGAGGAGCCGUUUGACAUCACCUGUAAAAUCACAAACUGCAGUGAGCGCACCAUGGACCUGCUCCUGGAGAUGUGUAACACUCGGUCAGUGCACUGGUGUGGAGUUUCAGGCAGGCAGCUGGGAAAACUGGGUCCGAGUGCAUCUCUGUCCAUCCCCCUGCAGCUCCUCUCCUCUGUACAGGGACUACAGAGUAUAUCAGGCCUGAGGCUCACGGACACCUUCCUGAAACGGACGUACGAGUAUGAUGACAUUGCACAGGUGUGUGUGGUGUGUCCUUACUUGAGCCCUGAGACCUGAGGCUCCUCCCACUUCCUGUACCGGUAACCUGCACUUCCACGGACCAACUGCAUCGCCACUUUUUACACUAUCAGCCGACCCUCUUCUUUUAAAGCGUGUGCUUUUAAAGCCUUAUUGUGAUUUUAAGUGUGUGUGAAUGUUAAUAAAGGAGCGAACUGAGAGCAAACAGCA